CAAAAAACCCGUCAAUUAAAUCGUCUUUGCCUCGCCAAUUCCUAUUUUCUCCUCCAGUUUCCCUUCUCUUCCCUUCCCGACAAACAAGGCAUCGUCGAGGCGUCAAGGAGGAUCUUCGAUCUGUCUCUUCUCAGGUCAAGUGAUGGCGUCGAAGCGGAUCUUGAAGGAACUGAAGGAUUUACAGAAGGAUCCUCCUACGUCUUGCAGCGCUGGUAACAAGCACGUUCUCUUCGCUGAUAAAGUGUUGAAAUUCACUGGCACUGGGAAGAUUAAACAACGAAUCCUUUUAAUUACUGAUGUUGCCAUUUACAUUGUUGACCCAGAGACUGAUACACUUAAAAGGAGGAUAGCACUGGUAGCUGUAGAGAAAAUGUGUUUAAGUGAGUUGACUGAUAACUUCUUUGCAAUUAUCAUUCCAACAGAGUAUGAUUUACUAAUGGCCAGCCCUCGGAAGACUGAAAUUGCUACUGUAUUGAGUGAAGCUACCAAGACUUCAUCUGACUAUGAACUGGAGCUGGUUUUCUCCAAUAGUUUUCAGUAUAACACAGCUGCUGAAACGGUUAAGGAAGUUCAAUUUGAGGAAGUUGAAGGGGGCGUUAAAACACGAUUUGUGAGGAAGUGAGUUGCAUUCUUAUCACACACAUAUUUGUUUGUAAAGUAUAUGGGGUGGUGGCAACGAUGAGAGAGUCGAAAGACAAAACAGUCGUACAUUUAUUAUUGGGCAAGGUUCUACUCUGUCAUGGCCAGCCCCAUCAAGAACAUCCCAGGAAGUGUAGCUUAUUUUAUUACUUAUUUUAUAUAUCAUGUAAUUGUAAUGUAAUUUUUUUUCCAACAUCAAAACUGCUUUUCAAGUUUCCAGGAAAUAAGACUUGUUCAAUAUGUAUGAAA